UCAGUCUCAAAAAAAGGUCCUCGCGCUCCCACUACAAAACGCGAAUCUCAUCGUGAUUAAUCCGGGCCACUGGUCAAUAAUACAAUCUCACACUUGACAGCAUUCGAAUAAACACUUGUCCGCCCCACGCAAUUUCUCCCUUUCUUCUCUUCUCCUUGAUCAGUUCGACUCUUUCCCUCCCCUUGGAACCAUCACUCCAUUCACUCCCGUACUACCACCACCGCCACCACCGACCGAGAGCUCAUCCUUGAUCUUCCGGACGACACAGCCCUUCCCACCAUGGCGCAGAUACGAGGAACCGCAGGCUAUAACCUGGGCCUGAACAACCAGUUCAGCUCUCAAAGAAGUACCGAUGCCACGAGUGAUCCCAGUCCUCUGGACCAGAUCCGAGAACAAACAAGCAAGAUCGAAGACUGGCUGAAUACCAUGGGAGAGCCCUUGAAACCAUACCUCCCUGCCAUCGGGCGAUUCCUGAUCGUGGUCACCUUCCUCGAAGACGCUGUGAGAAUUAUCACGCAGUGGGGUGACCAACUCACCUACCUCCGAGACUUUAGACACAUUCCCUGGGGCAUUACACAUCUCUUCCUGAUCUUCAACGUCGUCACCAUGUCCGUUUGCUCGACCCUUGUCAUCAUGCGCCGCUAUGGAGAGUACGCAGUCGCUGGUCUGUUGUCGGUUGUCGUCGUUCAGGCCCUUGGAUACGGCCUCAUCUUUGACCUGAACUUCUUCCUGCGCAACCUCUCCGUCAUUGGCGGUCUUCUCAUGGUGCUUGGGGAUAGCUUCGUCAAGAAGAGAGUGUUUGCCGGUCUCCCGUCCAUUGACGAGAAGGACAAGAAGAUGUACAUUCAGCUCGGUGGACGUGUUCUCCUGAUCUUCUUGUUCAUUGGCUUUGUCUUUGCCGGUGAAUGGAGCUUCUGGAGAGUGCUUGUCAGCCUGGUCGGUUUCGUGGCCUGCGUCAUGGUGGUGGUCGGCUUCAAAGCGAAGCUUAGUGCAAUCAUCCUGGUUGUUCUGCUCAGUAUCUUCAAUGUGCUUGUCAACAACUUCUGGACGCUGCACCACAACCACCCUCACAAGGACUUUGCCAAAUACGACUUCUUCCAGAUCCUGUCUAUUAUGGGUGGACUGCUUCUGUUGGUGAACAUGGGACCCGGUCAAUUGAGUGUCGACGAAAAGAAGAAGGUUUAUUGAGCGACAAACCAUCUCGCCUCACAACUACUCCUCCUACACGAAGGCGCAGAAGAAUCCACACGCGUGAGCAUAUAAUGAUGAUGCGUACGAGAUCAUGCAGAACAUGAAGAACGCAAAACGGGCAUUGUUCCUCAAGUAGGAAACUCGAAACAGGACCACCCCAAUCACAAAAUUUCUUUCCGCGGGGCGAGUAAAGUCCCUGGCAAGAACAAUCAUGUGGCAUUUUAACAGCAUACUGAGCGUUCCAGGAAAAUCGAGGAUCCUUCUUAACUGAGGCGGAGAUAGUUUUGCACAGUGCCUGACAAUUUUUGGUGUAUGAACAGAAUGACAGAAAAGAGAAGAAUAAGUCAAUAGAUUCAAAAGAUUCAAAAAUGAUGCUCAAAAUGUGAAACUAGAGGA